AAGAAGAUGUCAUCGGUAUGGAACGACACCGCUAUUCUGACGACACACACAGAGAGAGGGGGAAACUCGAGGGCUUCAUUUGCGUUCAACACACGGACCAGAAAGAGUUGAGACCGAACUGAAUGUGUUUCUCAAUCAUGGGGAAAGCUUUCUUGAUCGUUUUGGUCACUUUAUUUCUUCUGAACACGACGCAGACGCAAGGAAAGAAGUCCAUCCGGAUCAAACGAAACAGCACUGGCAGCGUCGGCCCGAGGACAUUCAAAGGAAGCCUGAUUAACAUCUCGUUUUCUUUGGACAAAAUAGCAGAGAUGCAAACACCACCUCCCUCCAAUGCUGUUGUGUUAAACAGCAACAACACUGCAGUUUAUCUUCGAGGUCCUAUAAGCAUCUGGUUCAUCCCUGCCAUCUACAUAAUAUCCCUGGUUGUCGGCAUUCCUGCUAAUAUCGCCAUUUUGCUCACCGUUGGAACUAAAGUGAGGGUCAUAUCAUCUGCCAUUUUAUAUUGUAGCCUGGCGGUGUCUGACCUGCUGCUAUUGUUCAGUCUCUUCCUCAAGACGCACUAUCAUCUCAACGGAAACAAUUGGAUAUUCGGUGAAACUGCUUGUCGCGUUACAACCGCUUUCUUCUAUGGGAAUCUUUACUGCUCUGCUUUUACUCUAGCCUGUAUUAGCAUUAAGCGCUACAUAGCUGUGGUUCAUCCGUUCUUCUAUAAAAGUCUGCCGAAGCGUUCAUUCAGCGCUUGGGGCGGCUUGAUCGUUUGGAUCGUUUUUAUCGUCGCACUUUUGCCUGAAUGUUUAGUAAAACAAAGCUACUACAUCAUGCAUCUGGGAAUAACAACAUGCCAUGACGUCCUCCCUGAUACUAUUGACUACCGGUGGCUUGAGUAUUAUAAUUUAGGCUUGACAUGCGUUGGUUUUUUUGGGCCCCUAGUGGUGACAAUAGGGUGUUACGCCUCUAUCGUCUGGCACCUGAAUCGCUCGCACAGAGACUGGGCUCUUUACAUUAGAGCGAGCUCGUUGAACUUUGUUAUUUUUGUUGUGUGCUUCGGCCCGAGCAGCUGCUUUCACUUCGUGCAUUACUUUCUGCUGUCUUUGGAAAUUACGGAGAGUUUCUAUAUGUACUUCAGCGUGGCUGUGUGCUUGUGUUGUCUGCAUAGUGCCCUGGAUCCGUUUCUGUUCAUGGUCAUGUCCAGGACAGUCGGAACGAAGCGGUAUUUCCUUACACGCAAGGGACCCGCGCUUAGUAUCUCUACGUAAAGUCAACAUGAAAUUUGUGAGGAGUCAUGCAAAACACUUAACUCUUGUAUGUUGUAUAAUGCGAACUGCUUGAAACAGUCGAUAUUGAACUCGUUUUAAAGUCAGCGUGAACAGGAAGAUCUUGAGACUUCAGUUUGUUGAUGUACUUCUAACUGAAACUGAAUUUUCGGUAGGGGCGGGGCUUUCUUUUGCGCAUAAUUCCCUCAUAGCAAACUAACGGUAAGAGGGGCGUGGCUAAGAGUAUU